AUGCACAAGCUGCAGGUGUUGCUACUGGUGGUGUGCGUGGCGGUGGGCCCCAGCCUGGCCCAGAUCACCUUCUCGCGCUCGUGGGUGCCGCAGGGGAAGCGCUCGGGGGCCUCGAUCUCCUCUGGGGCUCCCUCUGACCUGGGGGAGAGCUGCUACGACGCCUGCGUAGACGUCCUCACGCAGUUCGAUGCUAAGAUUAGUGACUUAAUCAGGACUGCUCACGAGACCAACAGUGCAGAUUCUCGUCUGAGAAAGUUCAACGGCUUAAAGAAGAAAUGUCUAGGACGGAGAACGCCACACGAGAUGUUAAAGAAAACUCACUUAGAUAAAGAUAAAACUACGGAACACAAGCAAACAACCUUUAAGGGAAAACGUAUGACUGCAAUCUGCUCAAUAGAUGGACAAAUCAUCUCAGAUGAUGGGGUUCGUAAACGGGCUGAGUAUUGUGAGCAACUGUACCAGAUAGACUCUCCAGUAGUUAGUCUGGAUACAAGUGGUGUCACAGUACCUGUGUCGGACCCUACUGAGGCACCGGAGACCUGA